UGAAUAUUGAAUAAUCGACUGAGGUACUUAUAAGGAAAAAAAAAAACAACAAAAUCCUCUCUGGAUAUCAGUUCCCCGUCCCCACCACCAUAUUUACUGUAUCUUCCAUUACAAUUAGUAUACUUUUUCUUUCUUUUUUCAUUUUUGGUUUUAUUUUUACGAAUUUUCAGGUCAAUGCCUAACCUCUGACCACUCUCCUCCUUCCUUUCUUCCCAGUUUACACUUUCCCUUUUGAAGAUUUGCAACCCUACUCCCCCACAAUCGUGCUGCUUGAUCUUUGAGCCGCAAUGGCUGAGUUUUCUCCUAAUAAACUUAGCUCAUCUGGAUUGCUCUGUUUGUUGAUAUUUGGUGUUUGGAGCAGUUUUUUAGCUGGGAUUUUGGUGGUUGUUGCAGAAGAUGAUGUCAAGUGUUUGCAAGGUGUGAAGAGCUCGUUGAAAGACCCAGAUGGGAAGCUCAGCUUAUGGAGCUUCGACAACUCCACGGUGGGUUACAUCUGCAAUUUCGUGGGCGUCACUUGCUGGAACCCGCAGGAGAAUCGGAUUAUCAAUCUCGAGCUCCGGGAUAUGAACCUCGCCGGAGUUGUCCCUGAUGCCCUGCAGUCUUGUCACAGCAUCCAAACACUUGAUCUCUCCGGUAAUAGCUUAACUGGUCCCAUCCCACCUCAAAUUUGUGAUUGGUUGCCUUAUUUGACGUCUUUAGAUUUGUCUAACAAUGAUUUGACCGGUACGAUCCCGGAGGAUAUUGUGAAAUGCUCCUAUUUGAACACUAUUGUGCUUGAUGACAACAAGCUGUCGGGUAGUAUUCCGUAUCAGUUUUCUAGUUUGAAUAGGCUGAAGAAGUUUUCUGUCGCCAACAAUGGCUUGACCGGUAGGGUUCCGACGUUUACUGCUGUUGGUGUGGAGCUUAAUUUCGACGGCAAUCACGGGCUAUGUGGCGGUCCGUUAAGGAAAUGCGGUGGCUUGAGUAAGAAAAAUAUGACUAUAAUCAUUGCUGCCGGUGUUUUUGGAGCUGCUGCGUCUAUGUUGUUGGGCUUUGGGGCGUGGUGGUGGUAUUUUAACAAGUCCGGGAGAAGUAGGAGAGGUUAUGGUAUUGGAAGGCAGGAUUCUGAUAGUUGGGCUGAGAGGUUGAGAGCUCACAAGCUUACUCAAGUCAUGUUGUUCCAGAAACCACUCGUGAAAGUUAAGUUGGCCGAUUUAUUGGCGGCGACCAAUAACUUUAGUGCUGAAAACGUUGUCAAUUCGACUAGGACGGGCACAACAUAUAAGGCAGUUUUGAGGGAUGGCUCUGCACUCGCGAUCAAGAGGCUCAGUACCUGUAAGAUGGGUGAUAAACAGUUUCGGAUGGAGAUGAACAGGUUAGGUCAACUUCGGCACCCGAACUUGGUACCACUCUUGGGGUUUUGCACUGUGGAAGAUGAGAAGCUUUUGGUCUACAAGCACCUUUCUAAUGGGACUUUGUUUGCAUUAUUGAGUGGAAAUCCGACUGCUCUGGAUUGGCCAACUAGGUUUAGGAUUGGUUUGGGAGCUGCUCGGGGAAUUGCUUGGCUUCACCAUGGGUGUCACCCACCAAUAGUGCAUCAAAAUAUUAGCUCUAAUGUCAUUCUCCUUGAUGAAGAUUAUGAUCCUAGGAUAAUGGAUUUCGGUUUGGCUAGGCUCAUGACUUCAUCAGAUUCAAAUGAAAGUAGUUAUGUGAAUGGAGAUUUAGGUGAAUUCGGAUAUGUGGCCCCGGAGUACUCCAGCACAUUGGUUGCAUCUUUGAAAGGGGAUGCUUAUAGCUUUGGAGUGGUACUUAUGGAGCUAGCAACUGGUCAAAAACCUCUUGAAGUUGGUGGUGCCGAGGAAGGGUUUAAGGGUAACUUAGUGGACUGGGUUACUCUGCUUACUGGUUCAGGCCGGAUCAAAGAUGCUAUUGAUAAAAGCUUACUUGGGAAGGGCCAUGAUGAAGAAAUUGUGCAGUUUUUAAGAAUUGCGUGUAGUUGUGUGAUUUCUCGGCCAAAGGACCGAUGGUCGAUGUAUCAAGUCUAUGAAUCGUUGAAGAGUAUGGCUGAGAGACAAGGACACUCUGAACAAUAUGAUGAAUUUCCCUUACUUUUUGGUAAAAAUGAUGCAGAUUAGUUUCAUUUGUCGCAAAGAAGUCUGAGGAGCAUGGCAAAACUAGCACACUUGAUGCAAAAGCUAAUUUUGUGUUCUAGGGAUCCCGAGACUACAUUUGUUGGUGAACUGCAAAGGAAAGCACACAGUCGUUUACGUGCAUAUUUGUAAGUGGAUAUUUCAUUUUUAAUCUCCAGUAGAACUUUUAUCAUAUUUUUGGCUUUUGCCUUUUCUUCUCCUUUGUGCCAUGGUGUUGUGCAGUACGAAGAAUUAUUAGAAUUUAGCAGAAUGAGGAAAUCAAUCCAAAAUUUAGGAGUAAAAUUUUUUAGGUAAAGUGACAGUCCAAAAAUGUCUAGCCUUACCAUGCUCGAUUAUAAUAAAGCUUGAUGUGAUUCUUCUCUUUGAUUCCGGAAUAGACUGAAGUAAACUACACUAAAGGAGAUAGGAUCCUGAAUGUGCAAUAUACAUGAUGCAACAAAAAGGGGUUCCCUUUUGAAUCUCAAUCACUUUAGACCAGUCUAAUACUUCUUGAAACAAUCAAAAUCAAAACCGUAAAAGAAGAAAAGAAAGCAAAAGGAAGAAGAAAAAGAUGAAGACAGGGCUUGCUUUGUUUUCACUGUUGAGAUAUGUACCAGUAGUGAAAAGCUAAUUGUAAUAAUAUCAUCUUGUCGACUGCUUAAUUUUAGGUAAUCUUUAACUACUUCCAUGAGAUGUCGGAUUAUAAGCGUGUCUGUUGUGUUUUAGCCUUCUAGAAGAAUAUCAACUUAGAGAUUCAUGUCUAACAUUUUUAAUAGCUGUCUCAAGAACAAACAAACAGUUGCCAAACCAGCCAAGGGCUCAAUAGAUAUCCUCCUGAUACAUGAGGUCGAUUAAGACAUCAAUUCUAACCUCUACAAACAGUUGCCGAGACAGUUGGGGCUUAAUAAACGUCCUCAUUAUACCUGAAGUCGGUUGAGAGUUCAUUUCUUACCUUUGUUAUAGUAAGUAGAAAACAUAAAAGGAAACUGCUUCCAUGCUAAGAAAUGAAGGAGGAGCUCAUUACUUUAACUAACUGUUUAGUUCUUUCACCUAAAACUUUAUCGACGAAGACCGAGUAACCCAUAUAUUUGCAUAAUUAAGCAUGUAUUGAGCAAAAAAAAAGAGCACUUUUUGAGCCCUUUAGCCCGUGCAAGGUGCAAAUGCUUUAUCUAGGGAACAGAAGCCACUCAAGAAAGAAAGCCAAAUCCUAUUAGAAAAGCAAAAGACAAUUGCCCCUUUAAUCCAUAAUACAUGCCUCACUCUACACAAGCACAAUCUCCCAAGACUCAGUCAAAUUUCUUCAUCAAAUCAUAUAUAUGCUUCAUUCGACAUUUUCUUUUUUGUUCGUAAUCUGAGUAGCAAAUUAACCGUGGAGGGCCAGGGAUUAUCUGACAGAUGAUACCUACUGAAAUCCAAUUCUAAAAGUAACAUAUAUGUAUAUAGUGACAAAGGCAGAAACAGAGAAGAACACUAUCAUACCAAAGCAAUUUCCUCAAUUGGCUAAAGCGGACAAGUACUCUUGAAUAUCUUUAGCUUUUUAACUCGUUGCUCGAAAUAUCGGUACUCAAUAAUUCCCUUCUCCCCUGAAGAAACAGAAAGAAAAAGGAGGAAAUAGAAAAGGGCCAUCAACAUCCAAUUUGCAUGUAGUACGAGUAUGCAACAAUUGAAACUUAAAUUUGUUGCACGAUGCUGUCAUCAGUAGUUAACCAUGCAGUUAGUCAUUGAAUGUGAACAUGUUCCAUUUUUGCAAAGCACAUUAAAGGGCCAAUGUAGAUAUGAAAUAAAGAGGGAAUGUGCAGAGAUUGAUGGUACCUAUUAUGUAUAGGAUCAGGUCCAUUAGGCACUCUUCUCUUACUAACUGCAUGGAAGUUGGGAUGACCUCCAGGAAGAUAAUGCCUCCUCCGAUUUGCUAUAAGAGCGAAAAUGUUGUUAUUUCUAGUGGUGGAUGAAAUUUUUCUUGAUGAUGUUGUCUUUUCGGAGGCCUGAUUUGCUAAGAUGCAGAUUAACAAGAACCACACUACAAGACCAGCAAUCAGAACAGCACAAAUUGAUCUCCCCUUGCAACCUCCCGAAUCCAUCUCUCUUCGUCCCAAGUUAUAUCUGUCUAACCUGUUUGCUGCUGGAGAGUUCUAGAUACUGGAUAACAGAGUUGAACUAGAAGCAAAACCGAUCAUGUCGUCAGAACCUCAAGCUAACAUGGAACAGCAUAGCAACUCUUUGGGAACUUUAGUUCAAGAAGAACUCAUGUUGUUCCAUAAGAAGUUACUCCCAUCUCUCAAGGUAAAAAUGAUGGGAAGCUUUCUGCUAUCUGUAAUAAGUUAAAAUGUCAGAAUUUCGCGUUGCUACAAUGGGAAAUGCAAGGCUAAAUGUUUCUCUAUAAGAACAAGAAGAAGAGUGAUGGACAGACAGGUUAAGGAUGACUAUCAGCAAUAAAUUCUGUAAGACUCAGCUUUUUCAAGGUGGAUGAUAAUAACUUGGGAUACAAAUCUCCAGACUUCAGAAUGUGCAAUGGUCUCUUAUAUUGAGAAUAACUAACUGAAAAAGGGAAGGUGAUUUCAAAAUGUGAGAGUUUUUGCUAUGUUCCAAGUUGCUUUAAAUUGGUUGGUCCACCCUGGAAUUAUUUACUUUGAUGUGCUCAUUUUCAUGCAGCCAUAAUCUGGGACCUCACUACCCUCUCCCUAUUUAUAGUCCUA